AACGUUUGACGACAUGGAGUCUAUUUAUUCGACCCGUGUUGGAUGAAGGUGUAUCUGUUUUGUGGAAUAAGGGGUUGAUAUUGAAGGCUUCUGCCACUCCCAGGAACCAUGCCCCAGGUGACCAACAGAAGUCUCCUGCGGGACAAGUACAGCUGCCCAAUGGGCCAGGGCACGGUGUACUCCGCGCUCCUCGACAUCAGCGCCACCACGCGGGAAAGAGCGGCGAAGGCAAACGAAGGGGAGAUAAAACGGUUACAAAAAUUAACACGGUUCAUCGACAAGGGUUGCAGAACUGCUGAAAGCACCCAGUCUCGCGUCAUAGACAGGAUGUCCAAGCACUUAAAAGAACUUCAGGCUUUCAAGAAAGUCGUGCAGGAUGAUUACAAAAUUUCGAAAUUUCAGACACUCCGAAACUCUGAUCCAGACCUGGUCCCAACUCGGCGUCUCACCGUAGAGACGCGGUAUUAUCACUCGGGGUUCGAUAUGAAAUCUCUCAAACCAGAAAUUACUCGGAAGAUGAAGUUGAUGGAUCCUGAGAGGAAGAGGAGAAAGAUGAAGCAGCAAAUACUGGAAGCGAGCAGGCGAGAGACGAGCAUGUUGUCCAAGACUCACCUCACGACGUCCGCCAUGUUGAAUAACCUCCGGGCCAGGCGUUGUCAAGUUGACCUAGAUUUUGAUAACCUUCCAAUAAUAUGUAAAUGAAUCUGGUGUAUGUUAUUGCCAUAAACUCGGUUUAUUCGAACCCAAGGACGCAGUUCUUGGAUAAGACGCCCCCAGACUCAGCUCACGACGUCAACCAUGUUGAAAAACCUCCAAUCUCAUUAAAAUGAAAUCUUUGUUCUCGCUACCGCUAAACAAAGAUCUGAGGACAUCCCAUUACGGGUCACGUCAGACCGACCUUGCGCGAACUUUGGCCGACCAAUGGAAUGACCAA